UCACUACAAGCUUGUUACAUUAGACGGUCAGAGCAAGCAUGGCGAGCAAGGUGACCACUCUGCUCUCGUGCGCGUUGCUGCUCGUGGCGGCGACAUGCCAAGCAGCAGCUGGUCACUAUAACCCUCCGAGCCCAGGUACGUGCGGCCUCAAGGUGGGCUACUACCACGACAAGUGCCCGCACGCCGAGGCCAUCGUCAAGCACGCCGUCAAAGCCGCUGUCCUCCAGAACCGCGGCACCGGCGCCGGCCUCAUCCGCAUGCUCUUCCACGAUUGCUUCGUCGAGGGCUGUGACGCCUCCGUCCUCCUGGACCCGACGCCAGCCAACCCGCAGCCGGAGAAGCUCGGUCCGCCAAACAACCCCAGCCUCCGCGGCUUCGAGGUCAUCGAUGCUGCCAAGGCAGCCCUCGAGAGGGCCUGCCCUGGCGUUGUCUCCUGCGCGGACAUCGUUGCCUUCGCCGCCCGUGACGCCUCCUUCUUCCUCAGCGGCCGCAGGGUCGACUUCGACAUGCCAGCCGGCCGCCUCGACGGGCGCGUCUCCAUCGCCUCCCGCACCCUCGACUUCCUCCCGCCGCCGACUUUCAGCCUCUCCCAGCUCGUCGCCAGCUUCGCCGCCAAGGGCCUCGGCGUCGAGGACAUGGUCGUGCUCUCGGGCGCGCACACCGUCGGCCGAUCCCACUGCUCGUCUUUCGUCCCCGACCGCCUCGCCGUCCCCUCAGACAUCAACGCUGGGUUCGCCAACUUCCUGAGGGGCCAGUGCCCCGCGAACCCAAGCUCGAGCAACGACCCCACGGUGGUGCAGGACGUCGUGACGCCCGACAACUUGGACAACCAGUACUACAGGAACGUGCAGGCACACCGGGUGCUCUUCACGUCGGACGCGUCGCUCCUGACGUCGCCAGCGACCGCGAAGAUGGUGUCCGACAACGCCAACAUCCCCGGGUGGUGGGAGGACAGGUUCAAAGCGGCCAUGGUUAAGAUGGCCAGCGUCGAAGUGAAAACCGGCAGCGGCGGCGAGGUCAGGCGAAACUGCCGGGUCGUCAAUUACUAGCUCUGAUCAUCGACUGCAAUAUGCUUACAACCUUAAUUUCACGCUUAUGCAUAUGUUGCGUUUAUAAUAGUCGCAUGUUGCUGCAUUUGCAUUGUUUCGUUUCAAUUUUUUAUGAACUUUGUGAGUUUGUAUCACGAUUGGAAUUGAUGUUAAUUAAUAAAGUCUAUAUUUGAU